AAGAAGAAAGGAGAUAAAUCAGACUGUUCAAAUUACCGUGGUAUUACUCUGCUCUCCAUUGCUGGCAAAAUCCUGGCAAGAAUACUCUUGAACAGACUAAUACCCGCUAUUGCAGAAGGAAUUCUACCUGAAAGCUAUCAUGGCUUCAGAGCCAACAGGAGUACCACAGACAUGGUAUUUGUUCUCAGACAACUGCAAGAGAAGUGUAGGGAACAGAACAAAGGUCUCUUUGUAACCUUUGUUGAUCUCACCAAGGCUUUCGAUACUGUGAGCAGAAAAGGUCUCUGGUAGAUUUUGGAUCAUUUAGGAUGUCCUCCCAAGUUCCUUAAAAUGAUCAUUUCACUUCAUGAGGAUCAGCACAGCCAAGUCAGAUAUGGCAAUGCACUUUCUGAACCCUUUCUAAUAACUAAUGGUGUGAAACAAGGCUGCGUUCUUGUUCCAACCCUAUUCACAAUCUUCUUCAGCAUGAUGCUCCAAAGGGUCACUGCAAAGCUCGACAAAGAAAAUGGUAUCUACCUCCGAUACCACACCGAUGGAAGCCAAUGGAAGUCUGAUGGAGGAUGGAGACUGACUGUGGACUAUCGUGGCUUGAAUGAAGUUACCCCGCUGCUGAGUGCCGCUGUGCCAGACAUGUUGGGGCUCCAGUACGAACUGGAGUCUGAGGCAGCGAAGUGGUACACCACCAUCGAUAUUGUUAUCCAUGAUUGUGAGACAUGCACUGCCAUUAAACAAGCAAAGAGAAUGAAGCCCCUAUGGUAUGGUGGACGUUGGGAUAGGUAUAGAUAUGGGGAAGCUUGGCAGGUUGACUACAUCACACUGCCACAGACCCGCCAAGGUAAGCGCUACGUGCUCACCAUGGUGGAAGCAACCACUGGAUGGUUAGAGACUUAUCCAGUGCCUCACGCAACUGCCCAAAAUACCAUUUUGGGUCUUGAAAAGCAAAGGAGAUCUGCAUGGGAAAGGCAGCUGAGAUAUGAGCAGGCACCUGAUGCAAGGGGGAACUGCGACCUGCUGAUCUGCCACCCUGCCACUCUCAGUGUAAGUGAAGAAGCAGAUUUUGCCCAGACAACCUGUCCCAAGGAAGGCCAGCAGCAGCCAUCAGCUGCAGCUCAGGCAGCCAGUGCUGGAUUUGCCACCAGCACCAUCCGUACUGAUGGAAGCCUAUUCAACCUAAGGCGACUGAAGGCCCACACUAAGACCUUAAAUCACCUUAUUCGGGAGCUGCUUUAUGCUGAUGAUGCCGCCCUUGUCGCCCACACAGAAGCAGCUCUGCAGCGUUUAACAUCCUGCUUUGCAGACGCUGCUGAGCUCUUUGGACUGGAAGUCAGUCUAAAGAAGACAGAAGUUCUCCAUCAACCUGCACCUCAGGAAGUCCCCCAUCAUCCCCACAUCACCAUUGGUCAGUCAGAACUCAAAUCAGUCCAGCAGUUUAAUUACCUCGGUAGCCUCAUCUCCUUGGAUGGUAAGAUUGAUGGGGAGAUAGACAACAGGUUAGCAAAGGCAUACAGUGCUUUCAGAAAACUUCAUAAAAGAGUUUGGCAAAAUAAACACCUGAAGAAAAGCACCAAGAUCAGCGUUUACAGAGCCAUAGUGCUGUCUACUCUCUUGUAUGGAUCUGAAUCAUGGGUCAUCUACCACCACCACCUGCGACUCCUAGAACGCUUCCAUCAACGCUGCCUCCGUACAAUCCUAAACAUUCACUGGUCAGAUUAUGUGACCAAUACAUCUGUUCUAGAA